CUCAGCUGCUACAAGCUGAACCCUUUAUCAUAGCCUACAGGAGGGAUAUUAUUUUGUUUUGAUUCCUGGACAAGAACUGGAUUGUAACUUGAAGGACUAAGUCAAAACACAGAUUGCUUUUUAUUUUGUUUUGUGUCAAAAUUGUUCUUUGGUGGCUAUAACUGUUUGUUAAGGCACAAUGUCUGGAUCAGUGAAAUUGCACAGCAUUAAAAAGCUUGGAUUGGAAAACAAUGGUUAUGAAUCUUCAGAUACAGACAAAACCGAUGUAUACAUGACAAUGUCAUCCCCAAAAGAAGAGAAUGCGAGCAAGAAAAAGGACGAGGGAGCCAUCAGAAUAGGCUUCUUCCAGCUGUUUCGCUUCGCCACUGGCCAUGAGAUCCUCAUGAUGAUUGGAGGGAGUAUAUGCGCCCUGGUGCAUGGCUCUGCACAACCGCUUAUGCUGCUUGUGUUUGGGUUGUUGACGGACGCGUUCAUCGAUUACGACAUGGAGCUCCAGGAACUCACAGACCCCAACAAGGCUUGCAUCAAUAAUACCAUCCAAUGGAAGAACCUGUCCGCAGAAGAGAACUUUGAGCUUAAUAUGACAACACCUUGUGGGUUCAUGAAAAUUGAGGAUCAAAUGACCAACUUCGCCUUCUACUAUGUUGGCAUUGGACUAUCUGUUUUUAUCAUGGGAUACCUCCAGAUCUCCCUAUGGGUGACAUCAGCAGCAUGUCAGAUCCAGAUAAUCCGGAAGGCAUAUUUCCGAAAAGUAAUGAGGAUGGAGAUCGGUUGGUUUGACUGUAACUCAGUGGGAGAGUUGAACACCAGGAUGUCAGAUGACAUCAACAAGAUCCAAGAUGCCAUUGCUGACCAAGUGGGCAUCUUCAUCCAGCGUUUCACCACUUUUGUCUGUGGCUUCUUGCUGGGCUUUGUGAAAGGCUGGAAGCUCACGCUGGUCAUGAUUGCGGCCAGCCCGCUGAUCGGAGUGGGAGCUGCGCUCAUGGCUUUGUUUGUGGCCAAGCUAACGGGGCGGGAGCUGCUAGCCUACGCCAAGGCGGGGGCCGUGGCAGAUGAGGUGCUGUCCUCCAUCAGAACCGUGGCAGCUUUUGGAGGGGAAAUGAAGGAAGUGGAAAGGUAUGACAAGAAUCUCAUCUCUGCCCAGCAAUGGGGGAUCCGCAAGGGGAUCAUCAUGGGGUUCUUCACAGGGUAUUUGUGGCUCAUCAUCUUCCUCUGCUAUGGCCUGGCCUUCUGGUAUGGCUCCACUCUGGUGUUAGACACAGUGGAGUACACCCCAGGAACCCUGCUGCAGGUGUUUUUUGGUGUACUGAUAGCAGCCCUGAGCCUUGGACAAGCUUCUCCAUGUCUGGAGGCCUUCGCCUCAGGAAGAGGAGCAGCUACUCUUAUUUUUGAGACAAUUGAAAGAGAGCCAGCGAUCGACUGCAUGUCAGAAGCUGGCUACAAACUGGACAGAGUCAAAGGAGACAUUGAGUUUCAUAAUGUUAACUUCUACUACCCUUCAAGACCUGAAGUCAAGAUUCUUGACCAACUGAGUGUUUCUGUGAAGUCCGGGGAGACGACAGCUUUUGUUGGAGCAAGUGGUGCUGGGAAAAGUACUGCUGUUCAGCUCAUACAGCGUUUCUAUGAUCCAAAGGAGGGCAUGGUGACCCUAGACGGCCAUGAUAUCCGGGGACUGAACAUCCAGUGGCUCCGCUCUCUGAUCGGUAUCGUGGAGCAGGAGCCCGUGCUGUUCGCUACCACCAUCGCCGAGAACAUCCGCUACGGCAGGCCAGGCGUGUCCAUGGAGGACAUUGUGAAGGCAACUAAGGAGGCCAAUGCCUACAACUUCAUUAUGGAUCUGCCCCAGAAAUUCGAGACCCUAGUGGGGGAGGGAGGGGGUCAGAUGAGUGGAGGACAGAAGCAGAGGAUAGCCAUCGCUCGAGCCCUGGUCCGGAACCCCAGGAUUUUACUGCUGGACAUGGCCACCUCUGCCCUGGACAACGAGAGUGAGGCCAUGGUACAGGAGGCGCUAGAUAAGGUGAGGAUGGGACGUACCACCAUCACAAUAGCCCACCGAUUGUCUACGAUAAAGAACGCAGACGUCAUUGUGGGCUUUGAGCAUGGUCGUGCGGUGGAGAAAGGCAGACACGAGGAGCUCUUGGACAGGAAGGGGGUCUACUUCACUCUGGUUACCCUGCAGAGCCAGGGUGACAAGGCUCUCAAUGAGAAGGCUAGGGAAAUGGCUGAGGAGAAAGAAUUGGCAGAAGUGGACCCAGAGAAAAAGAGUGCAUUCGAGUCUGGGAGUUAUCGGGCUAGUUUAAGAGCUUCUAUCCGCCAAAGGUCAAGGUCGCAGCUGUCAAAUGUGUUACCCGAGGCUUCAAUGUCUAUUACUGGCGAGCCGGCAAGGCCUUACAGUGACUCUGCAGUCAAAAGCGAGAUGGAGAAACUGAACCCCAUACCAGAGGAUCAGGAUGGUAUAGAGCCUGCGCCUGUGACCCGCAUCCUGAAAUACAAUGCUCCAGAAUGGCCUUACAUGGUAUUUGGCUCCAUAGGCGCUGCUGUGAAUGGCGGAGUCAACCCCCUCUAUUCAUUAUUGUUCAGCCAGAUUCUUGGGACUUUCGCAAUGACCGAUCCAGUUGCCCAGAGAGAGGAAAUAAACGGAAUCUGCGUGUUGUUUGUACUCAUCGGAGUGGUUUCAUUUUUCACUCAAAUUCUACAGGGCUAUUCCUUCUCCAAGUCUGGGGAGCUGCUGACCCGAAGGCUGAGACGGCUGGGGUUCCACGCCAUGCUGGGCCAGGAGAUCGGCUGGUUUGACGACCACAGGAACAGCGCCGGGGCCCUGACCACACGUUUGGCCACUGACGCCUCCCAGGUCCAAGGGGCCACCGGCUCUCAGAUAGGCAUGAUCGUCAACUCUCUGACAAACAUCGGAGUGGCAAUCAUCAUCGCCUUCUACUUCAGCUGGCAGCUCAGUCUUGUCAUCAUGUGUUUUCUGCCCUUCUUGGCACUCUCCGGGGGAUUUCAGGCGAGGAUGCUCACAGGAUUCGCCAAGCUGGACAAGGAAGCCAUGGAGGCCGCGGGACAGAUUUCUGGUGAGGCGCUGAAUAAUAUCCGCACCAUCGCUGGCCUGGGGAAAGAGAAAGAGUUUGUGGAAAAGUUUGAUGUCCAGGUGGAAGCUCCCUACAAGGCAGCGUUGAAAAAGGCCAAUGUGUAUGGUGCCUGUUUUGGCUUUGCCCAGUGUGUGAUCUUCCUGGCCAAUGCUGCCUCCUAUAGGUUUGGAGGAUAUUUAGUGGAACAAGAGGGGCUCCACUUCAGCAUCGUGUUCAGAGUUAUCUCCGCUAUCGUGACUAGUGGGCAAGCCCUAGGACGUGCUUCCUCCUAUACACCUGACUACGCUAAAGCAAAGAUAUCAGCAGCCAGGUUUUUCCAGCUACUUGACCGCAAAUCCAAAAUCAAUGUUUACAGUCAAGAGGGAGAAAAAUGGUCUGAUUUUACAGGCAAUCUGGAGUUCAUUGACUGCAAGUUCACGUACCCGACCCGCCCAGACAUCCAGGUGCUGAACGGUCUGACAGUGUCCGUGAAGCCGGGCCAAACUCUAGCAUUUGUGGGCAGCAGCGGCUGUGGAAAGAGCACCAGCGUCCAGCUGCUAGAGAGAUUCUACGACCCUGACCAUGGCACAGUGCUGAUUGAUGGCCAUGACUCCAGCCAAGUCAACGUACAGUUCCUGCGCUCAAAGAUUGGGAUUGUCUCCCAGGAGCCCAUACUGUUUGACUGCAGCAUUGCAGAAAACAUAAAGUAUGGGGACAACCUGCGAGAAGUUAGCAUGGAUGAUGUAAUUGAUGCAGCAAAGAAAGCCCAACUGCAUGACUUUGUCAUGUCACUGCCUGAGCGUUAUGACACUAACGUGGGCGCCCAGGGUUCCCAGCUCUCCCGCGGGCAGAAGCAACGCAUCGCAAUCGCACGCGCCAUUAUCCGAAACCCUACCAUCCUGCUGCUUGACGAGGCCACUUCUGCUCUCGACACGGAGAGCGAGAAGACGGUCCAGGAGGCUCUGGACAAAGCGAGGGAGGGUCGGACAUGCAUCGUUAUCGCUCAUCGCCUCUCCACCAUCCAGAACUCCGACACCAUCGCCGUGAUGUCCCGAGGAUUCGUGAUAGAGAAGGGCUCACACAAUGAACUCAUGGGCCUUCAGGGUGCUUAUUACAAACUGGUCACAACAGGAGCACCCAUCAGCUAAGAACAAACCGUACCAAUGCCACUGCUGCUCAGAGCUACUCCAGCAUGGCUAGCAGAACCAAUUCAUAUAUGGCCAAGCUUUUUAGCAAAGCAGUGCACAUUAACAUGUUUUAUAAACAUUCUGUUUUAUUUCAUAAAAGAGUGUAUUCAUUGAAAACAAUAUAUUGUGUGCCACCAUAUUGACCUAAUUUUAAGGGGACCCUGAUUACAAAAAAAUAAUUUUUAUUUAAUGAAAAUGUAAUACCAUUACAACAUCUGUGAUGUACAGAAAUAUAAUAAUUUGUAACCACUUUUAUUGAAAUGUCUGAACUGAAUAUAGUACAGGACUGAAACUGGGCCAUUUCCAGACCAGAAAAACUUUGAAGUUGCUCAUAUAGGUCAGGGAAAUACUUUUCUGACUCAAAAAGUUUGUGCGUCUCAUCCUAACCAUCUCACAUUAUUUUCUGUGUCACUAUGACUGGCAGCAUGGCAACUGCUGGAUGCCUCUUCUUACCAUUUGCAUCAUAACUCUUCAAUCCAUUCCCAACUUUUGACACAUUUCCUGCUACUCUACAGAAAUGUAACAUUUUAAACUCUCAGUACCAGUUUUGAAUACUAGACUGACACAGAAGUAUCUUUUGUGAAUUAUUUAUGCUCAACUCAUUUGAAAUAGAAGAUCAGCCAUGUUUCAUAAUCCCUUUUCAUUACUUUGUGAAACAUUUUCUUGACAGCAUACAUAGCCCUAAAUAUAUCAGCUAUUUUUCAUUUCACUUCGUCAACAGUUUGCGGAGUUUGACAAUCAGGAAUAUUAGCAGUAGUUCAAUGCUGAGAGCUGUAUUCACUUGGUACCUCAAAGAACCAUGAAACCUUGUUUCAUGUUAGAAUAAGUGCAAAUAUGCAUUUCUGAAAUAGCUAAGAGGAACGUCUGCUGCAUUGAACUCUUUUGGAAAGGAGCCCUUAAUAUGAGACUAUCCAUGAUUUUAAAUUAUGUUAUGCAUAGUAUAACUAACAGUAAUGUAAUUUCGUUUAUAUUUCCAGAUUAAGGUGGCUGGGGUUUUAUUUAUUACAUUUCAAUAAACAUAUUUGCAUUGUUAUGUUUACAAUAAGCUGAUACUGACAAAUUAAAUUGGGAGGAUGGAUUCCUUCACAGUAGACUGGUGUUGUCCUGUGUUCCUCUUAGCUACACAUUGGCAAGCUAGUUUCAAAUUGUUCUGUAUGGAAAAGUGGUAUCAUGCAACAAUAGGCCUCACAUGAUGCCACCAGGUAUGACUGAAUAAUUCCCAAUGAAGUGUCUGGUUUUUAAGCCAAACUAUUAAUUAUUGCUAAUUUUAUAUAUUGGCAGACUAAGUAGCAAGACCGCUAACCUGAGUAGGCAAUUCCAAUAGCCUUACAUGUAAAUUCUCAGCGUUCCUAGGUUUCAUUUUCAUGUGCAAAAUGCUUACACCAGACAUAUCUUCCAUGAACAU